AUGUCUGACAAGUGUCCCGUAGAUCAUUCCACAAGGGAAGCAUGGAUUAAACAAACUGCCAAGUCUGACACUGAUGCAACCAAGUCUAGUGCGGUCCCAACCCCAGUACCAACUUCGGAACAACAACCUGCUUGUCCUGUAGAUCAUACUUCACGAGCUCUGUGGUUACAAAAAGUAUCUAUUUCAGCAAAUGUACCAGAAGCUAUAGAAGUCAGCUCCGAUACUUGCUCAUCUGACAAGCUUGGCGAAAGUAUUCAAGAUAAUAACAACACAAAUCUUUCAAGAGAAAGAGAAAUCAGUUCGAUUCCAAGAACUGAUGCCACAUCCAAUUGGGUAUAUCCAUCACAAAAGCAAUUUUUCGAUGCCAUGAAACGUAAGAACUGGAACCCCGAAGAACAAGACAUGAAAACCGUGGUUCCUAUCCAUAAUGCGGUUAAUGAAAAGGCAUGGCUGCAUAUUUUAAUGUGGGAACGUAGUCAUUAUGAAGAAUCUUUAAAACAAUGUGGUGGUAUUAAGCUUACUAGUUUUAAGGGAGACCUGAAGAAGUUGACCCCAAGAGCAUGGUUCAACUCCUUUGUACUUGGAUAUGAUAAACCUUUUGAUAGACAUGAUUGGACCGUGGACAGAUGUGGAGUUGAAGUACCUUACGUAAUUGAUUUUUACGGAGGUAAUGGACAAGGUGCCAGCUUCUUCUUGGAUGUCAGACCUAAAAUAAAUAGCUGGGAAGGAUUCAAAUUAAGAAUGGGUAGAGCUAUUGGAUGGCUGUAA